GGAAUCCAAUGCCUAGUAGUAGUCGAGCACAAGCCGCUCCGCCGCCACCUCCUCCUCUCAGCUCCGCCGCCGCUGCCUCCUCCUCCUCCGUUCUCGGGUCGACAGCGACGAUGAUGCAGCAGCAGCAGCAGCAGGAGACGUGGCUCGCGGCCGCCGCGGCGGUGGGGCUCCGGCCGACCAAGUCGGCACCCUGCUCGCCCAUCAAGCCUGCGGAGUCGUCGGCGUCGGCUGCGGCGGCGGCGGCCAUGCUCCGGACCAACUCCGACUCCUUCCACGUCGCCCACAAGGUCCCCGUCGGCGACACGCCGUACGUGCGCGCCAAGCGCGUCCAGCUGGUGGACAAGGAUCCGGAGAAGGCGAUCGCGCUGUUCUGGGCGGCGAUCAACGCCGGCGACCGGGUGGACAGCGCGCUCAAGGACAUGGCCAUCGUGAUGAAGCAGCAGAACCGCGCGGAGGAGGCCAUCGAGGCCAUCAAGUCGCUGCGAAGCCGCUGCUCCGACCAGGCGCAGGAGUCCCUCGACAACAUCCUCCUCGACCUCUACAAGAGAUGCGGGCGGCUGGACGACCAGAUCUCGCUGCUCAAGCACAAGCUGCAGCUCAUCCACCAGGGCCACGCCUUCAACGGCAAGCGCACCAAGACGGCGCGUUCGCAGGGCCGCAAGUUCCAGGUCACCCUGGAGCAAGAAGCAACCAGACUUCUUGGAAAUCUGGGGUGGGCGCUGAUGCAGAAGGAGAACUACACGGAGGCGGAGGGGGCGUACCGGAGGGCGCUGCUGAUCGGGCCGGACAACAACAAGAUGUGCAACCUGGGGAUCUGCCUGAUGAAGCAGGGGCGCGUGCUGGAGGCCAAGGACGUGCUCAAGCAGGUGCGGCCGGCGGGGGUGGACGGCCUCCGCGGCGCCGACUCGCACCUCAAGGCGUACGAGCGCGCGCAGGAGAUGCUCCGGGACCUCGAGGCCAAGCUCGUCGGCCGCCGCCUCCCGCGCGCCGGCGACCAGCUCGUCGACAAGAGCUGGCUCUUCGACGCGCUGCUGCUCGGCUCCUCCUCCAGCAUCUGGCAGCCGCAGCCGUGCAUCGACCACAUGCUGCCCCCGCCCCCGCCGCCGCCGCGCGACCAGUUCGCCGACGAGAACGCCGCCGCCGCCGCCGCCAACAAGAAGGCGGCCGCGGCCGCGCUGCAGCCCAACAUCCUCCGGGUCGACGCGCAGCCGUUCUACUCGCUGCGCAUGCCGCCGCUGGCGACGAAGCCACAGAACAUUCAGCAGAAGCCGCCGACGCCGCAGCCGCAGGUGCACGAUCCGAUGGGCAACCUGAAGAGGACACGGUCCGGCAACGCCAUGGACAAGGCGGCGGCGGCAGCUGCCGGACCAGUGGAGAAAGAACCGAUCAACGACGAGAACAGCGGGAGGAGGAAGUCACUCUCCGCCGAGGAAAGAUGGCCGGAGCUGCCCGACCACAGCGCGUUCGACGAGGCCCUCGUCGCGGCGGUCCUCGCCCCGGUCCUCGAUGACUCCGCCGCCGCCGCCGCAGAACGGAACGACAAUUGCUGCAAGCCGGCGCCGCCGGCGGGCUGCGACACGAGCCCGGCGAUGAAGGAGAAGAUCGGGAAGAGGCUGAGGAUCUUCCAGGACAUCACACAGACACUGAACACUUUCUGAUUUGAGUUCUUGAUUUUUUUUUCUUUUCUUUGCAACUCACAGCAGCAGCCGUGGCGACGCCGCGAAGGAGAUGGGCUUGUUCUCCUGCGAGCUUUCUAUGUCGCCGCUAAGUUAAUUUAGGAUUCGAUUGGGUUUUAGUUCGCUGAUGAUUCUUGAUUUGAUUUUUUUUAACACACCCUAAUAACAGCUGAUUGCUCACUUUCUUCAGCUUGACACCAAAGCUCUUCUUGUAACAGAACACGAUUGAUUUUCAUCUUGUUCUAAUUCAGUUUGUUAACAGUUGAAUAACAAAGUGUCAUUAAUUUA